GUUUCAUCGAAGCAAGUGACACAAGAAUCACAUAUCCCCCCUCACCAUUUCAGCUCGGAAGGUACACUACACUGCUGUGGUAAUGGGCUCAAUGGGAGGAGUCGCAGUCGGAGUGGCCGACGAGAAGCCACACGCCGUGUGCUUGCCGUACCCGGCGCAGGGGCACAUCACCCCGAUGCUCAACGUCGCCAAGCUGCUCCACGCCCGCGGCUUCCACGUCACCUUCGUCAACUCCGAGUACAACCACGCUCGCCUCGUCCGCACGCGGGGCGCCGCCGCGCUGGCCGGCGUCCCAGGCUUCCGCUUUGCCACCAUCCCCGACGGAAUGCCGUCCAUCGACGACAAUGACGACGACGUCACGCAGGACAUUCCGGCGCUAUGCAAGUCCACCACGGAGACCUGCCUCGAGCCUUUCCGCCGCCUCCUCGCUGACAUCAAUGGCUCGGCCUCCGCGGAGGGACACCCACCCGUGACCUGCGUGGUCUCGGACGUCAUCAUGGGUUUCUCCAUGGACGCCGCCAAGGAGCUUGGCCUCCCCUACGUCCAGCUCUGGACAGCCAGCGCCGUCAGCUACCUCGCGUACCACCACUACCGCCUCCUCAUCCACCGUGCCAUUUUCCCACUUAAAGAUGUCAAGCAGCUGACGGAUGGAUACCUCAACACGCCGGUCGAGGACGUGCCGGGGCUGAGGAGCAUGAGGCUAAGGGACUUCCCGAGCUUCAUACGCUCCAUGGACCCAGAUGAGUUCAUGGUGAGGUACGCCAUCAAGGAGACGGCGCGCACGGCCAGCGCGUCCGCCGUGAUCAUCAACAGCUUCGCCGACCUCGAGGGCCAAGAGGUGGAUGCCAUGGAGACGCUCCUCGGCCUGCCCAAGGUCUACAUGCUCGGCCCUCUCCCUCUUGUCGCCACCGCGCCGCACUCGACGGCCAUCAUCAGCGGCCUCAGCCUGUGGAAGGAGCAGGAGGAGUGCCUGCAGUGGCUCCACGGCAAGGACCCCGGCUCUGUCGUGUACGUGAACUUUGGGAGCAUCGUCGUCAUGACCAACGAGCAGCUGGUAGAGUUCGCGUGGGGGCUGGCCAACAGCGGCAGGGAGUUCAUUUGGAUCAUCCGUCGUGACCUCGUCAAGGGCGAUGCCGCGGUGCUUCCCCCGGAAUUCCUAGCGGCGACAGCGGAGCGCGGGUUCAUGGCUUCCUGGUGCCCGCAGCAGGAAGUGCUGAACCACCCGGCGGUCGGCGCUUUCCUGACGCACAGCGGCUGGAACUCAGCGCUGGAGAGCAUCUGCGGCGGCGUGCCGGUCCUCAGCUGGCCCUUCUUUGCGGACCAGCAGACCAACUGCCACUACCAGUGUAACGAGUGGGGCGUCGGCAUGGAGAUCGACAGCAACGUUCAGCGCGACGAGGUCUCCGGCCUUAUCACGGAACUCAUGGAGGGAGAGAAGGGUAAGGCCAUGAGGAAGAGGGCGGAGGAAUGGCGUGAGAAGGCGGCCAUGGCCGCGAAACCAGACGGUUCGGCCCACCGUAAUUUUGACGAGUUGGUCCGUGAUGUGCUCCUGGCCAAGCACUAGAUCUUU